GCUAAUAGAUAGAUAAAACCAGGACACCGGUUGGAAGCACGGGCUCAGUUUGAAUCCCAACUUGGAGUGAGCAACUUGUCAACGACAUUUAUUAGACAAACAUUCGAUAGAUAGAUAUUCUCUCAGCUGACAGCUGUCACUUUGGUUCAUAGAACACAGCACAAGCAGUUUGGAGAGAAUUUCGUGUGGCAGUGCACAGACAUUUCGUGAAUUAUUAUCACACAUAAUAUAGAGACGGACCGAUCCAGGCUUCCAAUGCAAUGGAUUAUUGGAUGAGAGCGACCAGAUUGACUCGGUGUGGCAGUUGGUGCUGCUGGGACGUCGUCGUCGUCGUGGUGGCCGUCACCUUGGCUGGUGCCGGAUGGUUGGCCGACGCUUCAUCCGUCGAUGACUUCCGCUAUUUCCCCAACGAAGUGCCGACGUUCGCCAAAGAGAUCGAGAACGCCACAGUGCCCGUCGGUCGUGAAGCCACCCUAUCCUGCGUCAUCUACAAUCUCGGCAACUUCAAGGUGGCGUGGGUGAGGGUGGACACGCAAACGAUCCUGACCAUCGACGACAUGGUGAUCACGCGCAGCCAGCGGAUUUCGGUCAGACACAUGACGGACGCCAGCGUCGACUAUCCCUAUUACUUGCAUCAUCCUCAUCAGCACGCCGGCCAUCACAAGAACAACAACAAGAGUCUAACCGUUUCGGAAGGAUCGGAUCACCCCGGCAGCAGGAGGCAGGUGGCAGGAGCAGGAGCAGGAGCAGGAGCCGGAGGCAGCGGCAGCAUCCACAAGACUUGGCAGUUGAUUAUCCGUGAAGUCCAGUCAUCCGACGCUGGAUUAUACAUGUGCCAGUUGAACACGGAGCCCAUGACCAGCCACACGGCCUACCUCAGCGUGACAGUUCCGCCGGAUAUCGUCGACAGCGAAAGUAGCGGUGACGUCAUGGUCACCGAGGGACAGAACACGACGCUGAGAUGCAGCGCCACCGGCCAUCCGCUCCCGGUCAUCACCUGGCGUCGUGAAGACGGCCGACCCAUCCAGAAUCACGCCGUGACAGUCGAAGGAUCGGUCCUGCAUUUAACCCGAAUACCCCGGCAGAAUAUCGGAGCUUACCUGUGCAUAGCGUCCAACGGAGUCCCUCCCAGUGUGUCCAAAAGGUUCAUGCUGCGAGUUCAGUUCCCGCCAAGCGUCACGGCGACCAAUCAACUGGUCGGGGCUCGGCAAGGAGACAUUAACAUCACAUUAGAGUGCCAUUGCGAGUCCUUCCCCAAGCCGGUGGUCUACUGGCUAAGGCACAGCACCGGAGAUGUCGUCGUCAACGGUGUCAAACAUCGCGAGGAGAAGCGAGAGACCAACCACUACAAGGUCUCCAUGCAGCUCGUCUUUCUCCACCUGGAACGCGAAGACUUUAUGGCCUACCAGUGCGUCUGUCGCAAUACGCUGGGCAUUGCAGACUCGGUCGUCCGACUUUACCAAAUCCAUCCGGUGGCUGACGAUGGAGACAUGAACGAAGUUUACUCGGAAGCCGACCAGCAGGACGGCCGUGGCACGGGAAAAGAACAGCUUAGCAGCACCUGGGAUGAGAAAUCCAAGGACGACUCGUCCACCAAGAGAUUGGCAGCCAAUAAACAGGCUUCCGCCAAGACUCAAUUGGCCGUCGGCGGGCGGUCCAGCUCAUCUGCUGUUGCAGCCUCGCAGUCACCUCCUCUCGGUUACCUGCUGGCGGCCAUUUCUCUGCUGCUAGUCUCGAUGACAAAAACGAGAUAGUGUUCCACCUUUUUCUAGCUCGUUUUCAUCCAUGUAAUAACCCCCUCCCAGACUCUCUAUUAUAUUGAUAUGCUCUUCUCAUCGUUUGGCCUCGUUAUUAUUAUUAUUUAUAUAAACCUGCGUUUAUCCUUGAUCGAACAUGCUAUCUAUGGAAUUCGACUUGAUGACACUAAAUUGAAGGGGAAAAAACCGAAAAACGAUCAUGUGCUUUCAAUGUCGCUCUCUCUCUCUAUACUCGUCCCUCGAACAUGUUAUUGUGUGCAUAAUGAAUUGACCGCGAAUUUUUACCAAAGACAUAAAUUAAAAAUCAAUUUAUAUUCAAAUCCCCCCCAUGGCAUAUUGUAGAGCACAAAAGCCGAUGGAUUUCUCCCAAACACGAUCGUCUGCCGACUGUAAUAAAUAUCAAUAUCAAAUAUAAUAUACUAAACUCAGUACACUAUAAGAAGAAAAAAGGAAAGAAAGUUCUUUUUUUUUGUGAAUGUGUGUGUUUGUAUGUUUUUGUGCAAAAAUAAAAAGAAAAUAGAUUCAAAAUACAAGCGUGUG